UAUGGGUGGGGGCAUGCAUUAGUAUUAUGGUUAGGGGAGUUUCUGAAUUAUAAAUAGAAAAACUCUAUAGCCUACUCUCUACUCCAGAAGAGUGGCAAGAAUGCAAUGUGCGUACACGUCGUGGGGGCCAAUUUCUUAUCCUCCAAAACUCAAAGUUUCAAGCUCACAGUCCACGUUUUCAAUCUCUCAAACACAAACCCAUUUUGAAAAGAGGCCAGGUGAGGAUUCCACGGAUGUGCAACUCCCUCUACCUUCUCAUGUGAAAUCCAUUACCAGCACUUCAAACCCAUUUGUGAAGCACUGCCUCAAGCUGCGCCACAGCUCUUCUUAUCGCCACUCCCAAGGUUCAGCUCUCGUUGUGGGUGCUACUCCUAUAAGGGAAAUAUACGGGUUUCAAGAGUCGUUGCACGGGAAAACUUUGGGAAUGGAUUGCUUACUGCUACUUGAUAAAGCUGAGGUUCCUGAAGGGAUAGAUGAUCUCUCUGUUCGUAUUGUGCGUGUGAGCUCUAUGGUGAUGAAAAAACUUUCUGGCGUGCAAUCAAUUGAAUCUAUUGAAGCUAUUGCCCUGAUGAGAAUUCCUACGAGUUUCUUCAAUCUAGAUGAUGAUCAAGAAAAGGCAGAUUGUCAAAGAUGGUUCCCAUCCCCACAUCGAAUUCUAGUCCUCGAUGGGAUCCAGGACCCGGGAAACCUUGGUACGUUACUGAGAUCAGCUUUGGCCUUUAGAUGGGGUGGUGCUUUUCUUCUUCCUGGCUGUUGUGAUCCAUUUAAUGAGAAAGCUCUUCGAGCUAGCCGGGGUGCCUCCUUUCAACUCCCUAUAGUGUCUGGCAGUUGGAUUCAUCUUGAGGCCCUUAUAAAUGAAUUUCAAAUGAAGGCACUAGCUGGCCAUCCAGAGAGUACAGGAGAAUCAAAGGCAGUGUCUCAGCUUUCUCAAGGGCUAGCAGAUUCUUUAGUAGAUUUUCCAUUGUGCUUGGUAUUGGGUAGUGAAGGGAGUGGCCUGUCCGAGAAAUCUCGACAGGUAGGUGAGCUUGUGAGCAUUCCGAUGGCCGGAGAGUUUGAGUCUCUGAAUGUCUCAGUUGCAGGUGGGAUUCUCAUGUAUAUGCUUUCAGCUUAAGAACUAGAACUAACUAAUCAUGGCCUCUAACACGCAUUACCCUUUUGAAUUUUGAGCUGCCACAAAGAAAAGGUCCUUUGCUGAGAAUUUAAUGAAGUCUACAGAGACUUUUCUUUGUAUUUGUUAACACCGACAGAUUUGAGCUUGUAAUUACAAAUUCUA